AUGGUUGGUGGUAUCCAUGGUUUAUUUGAAGUUGUUCAAGUCUGCAGGACUCCAGUGAAUCGGAUUCCCAUCAUGGCCAAGCAGGUGUUAGAUCUGUACAGUCUGUACAAGCUGGUCACUGAAAAAGGUGGCUUAGUGGAAGUCAUCAAUAAGAAGAUCUGGCGUGAAAUCACCAAAGGCCUCAACCUCCCUACCUCUAUCACCAGCGCUGCUUUCACCCUGAGAACCCAAUAUAUGAAGUACUUAUAUCCAUAUGAAUGUGAAAAACGAGGGCUGAGCUCACCUGGAGAGUUGCAGGCAGCUAUUGAUAGCAACAGACGAGAGGGCCGAAGGCAGAGUUAUGGAUCUACAUUGUUUAAUUAUUCCCCCGUGGGGACACCAACUAUCUUGUCUUCUCCAAAGAUACAGAUGCCUACUAUAGCUAUAUCCACUCAUAAUGGCAGCCAUAUUAGCCAUGGGUUUUCUGUAAAGAAAGAAGAAUCAAUGCUGUCAACAGCUGGACACAAUCGAAUAGCAAUCCCACUCAGUAUCGCUGGUCAUCAUGUGACCACAGCUCAGGCUGUUGCGGCCCAGGCAGCCACUGCACAAAUUGCAGCAGCUCAGGCCGCGGCCCUGGACCAGCUGCGUGAGAAACUGGAUUCUGGGGAGCCUCCGGAGAAAAAGCUUUCAGUUGUAGCAGAAGAGCAGCAACGACUUAUGCAACAAGCACUGCAGCAGAACCUGUUGGCCAUGGCGUCACAGAUCCCUAUGAACAUUAAAAUCAAUAGCAGAGAUGACAGACAAGAAACUGCAUUGAACCUGUCUACAAAUGGCAUUAGCAGCAUCAACAUGUCAAUAGAAAUAAAUGGAGUUGUCUACACAGGGGUUCUCUUCGCACGAAGGCCAGUCAUUCCCGCAAUGUCUGGCAGCAACGGGAACAACAGCAGCUCUCAGGUCAUGCCUAGUCCGGCAUUAGCAGCACAAGCCCAGCCUUCCUCUUCCUCAUCUCACGUUCACACUCCGACCAGUUCUGCACCUUGAAGCCUCAACAAUACACAGGAGAUCACACAAGACAGUCCCUGAAGACUCUGGUGUUUUUUUGACAGUGUAAUUUUUUUUUGCAAGGAAAGUUUGCAAUGAGAAUGUUAAUAACUUUGCAGGUGAAGUGAUGGGGAAAAUAAACUCAAUCAUGCAUGGAGGGUCACAUUUACUAUAUUGUACAGUUAAUCACUGUUGGACUGGAAUCCACUCAAUUUUCGUGAAAGAAAAACAAAAUCAGAGAUUUUAACUUAGCGUAAAUCUGUUGCUUUCUGUAAGUGGGUUGACACUUAUAUUUCUAAAUGGACAUCCACAUAAACACAGACUCUUCAAUGAAGAUGGUGAUGAGAUUCAGGAUGACCAUUUUAAUUGGACACACUUGUCCGUUUUAUUGCGUACUGCAGAAGUGCUCAAUUUUUGGAAAAUUUAUUAGAUGUGGCCAAAAUGAAGGGGAGAAAAAGGAAAAAAAAAGCGAUUGAUCAUAUUUGCAUCCUAAUAAUGUUUCAUGAUUGAGGGGGAUUGAUUAUUUUGUUUCAAUAAUCAGUUGUUUUCAGGAAAAAAAUAUAACAUAUACUGUAACUCAGCUUUUACCAAAGAGAGGAAUAAUUUAUCAGGAUAUAUGGCAUCAAUCACAGGGCUGAAUUCAACAAUCAUAUUAAUAUAAAAGUAAAUAUAAAAGAAAAGUGAAAAUAUUACAAUAUUGAAGCAGGGGAACAGUUUUUAAAUGGUCUGAUUGACACCUUUAUGUUUAUGGUGUUUGGUGCGAAUGACACUAAAUUACUGAAGGAAGUUUAAUCUUCAUAAGACUACAGAGAGAGAAAACAGCUUGGGGAUUGUUCAUACGGUACUGGAUCUCGAAAGGAAAUUGCCAUAUCAGGCAAGAAUCUUGGGAAUACAUCUGGGGCCUGACCUUUUACAAAGCUACAACUAUGUUACAGGGAUCAAUUCUGUCUUAUCAUCCACGUCCUGUUGUUCACAAUGAUGGCUGCACGUCUGUCCCUGUGCAGCGAUAAUAUGGAGAUUUAUGAUUAAGUGCACAAAGAGAAAGAAAAAGAAGCAGUGGGGCAGUUUUAUCAAUUAAGUGGCUUUAUUGAAUAGGGCCAGAUGAUCAUGUUGACAGUGAUGCACUGACCCAGGCUGUUGAAUGGAGUCAAGGGGGAGGUGGAGGUGUGUCUGUUCAAAUUAAUGCUGUCAGAAUCCAACAGCUCAUUGCAAAGGCUUGUCAAGUCUAUAGAAUUUAGUCUGAAAGAAGUAUCUUGCUGGUAUAUUGAUUUCUUUUUCUUGACUUCAGAUAUACUCAAAUGGCAACCUCUGCCUCUACCCCUGUCCAUUUGCUGUUCACAGAUGCAGCCGAAUACCUCGUGAAUCUUCUAAUUAACAUUUAAUGAGAAAAAAAGAGAUGCUCAUAAUAUACCUCAUAGAAGUCAUUUUAUUUAAUUUGUAUUUUUAUUGUAAAGCCACUUGUGAAGCAUUUAUUUUCACCAGUCACUGUUUUUUUUUAAAUUUUGUAAUGUUGUACCAAAGAAGGGAAUAUUCUAUUGUACACCUACCUCAUUAUUCUGAAUAGCAGAUUGUCAACUCCCAGUCGCAUCAUUAGGAUCUUUGCAGGGUGUUAGGAAGGGAACAAGUUGCCAUUAGCUGGAAUUCUAGCUUACUGUGAACCAGGUAUAAUGGUGGCUUCUUUUUUGCUGUGUACCAAAGAUCAAACAAUACAUUUCACACUUCGUUGAACAGUAGCACGUUGCUAGUAAAUAUUACUUGUGUCCAUUAUGUGUUGUUCACUUUGUUUAGGCUUUUUUGCAAUGCUACACAGUAGGACUUUAGAUUCUAAAAUGGCUUACUAGCUCUGUAUGAAACUUUAUUUUUGUUUUCUUCUUGACUAAUCCAGUGCAUUAAAGUGAAAGCUGGAUUGUGGUGCUCAGGGGUAUCAAUCAAAAAAAAAAUGACUUUCUUUGCCAUUUGACUUCUCGUCCAUUUAGAAAAUGCUGCUUCUUUGGAGAAUUCCUCUCUCCAAUUUGAUGCCCAUGGAAUAUGCAUAAUUGGAAUGUAUACUUGACUAAAACAGUCAACCAAACAGUUUCUUAAAGUGUCCCACUCACUCUGGAUUUUUACCAGUAAUGUGUGUAAUUGCUAAUCAUUUAUUGUCAACAGCAGCACAAUUUUUCUUACCAAAUGAAAAUUUUUCUAUUUGCCCAUAGGAACAAUAUUAUUAGUCAAUUAAUAUUAGGAUUGUUUUACUAUUAGGAAAAUAAAUAACAAUUGGUCAAGUCUACUGAAUUACCCACAUUUCUUUACCCCCACCCCAAUUUUCUGAAUGAAUUUACAUAUGCGUCUGUAAGUAAUAAAACUGUUUUCAGUAAAUCCUGAAACCAUCUUCUGGAUUAGAAUUUUAGAAAGGAAAGAGAUGCUAUAUAAACAAAUACACUGUCAAGAGUAUGUUUGUGUUAAAAUGGUGUUUUGCUUUGGCAUUGGAGUUAUUCUUUGUA